AGGCGGGGCCAACCAGCCGCUGAAGAGGAGGGUCGGGCUUACUAACCCGGAAGCACUGGCGCGCCGCUCGGCGGCCCCACUUCCGGCUUAGGAGGCAGCCGCCGCGAUGGCCUUGGCUGCCGGGCUGGGCUCCGCGCCGGUCCCCCGGGCGGAACUGAAGCUGGUCCGGCUGCUGAGCCGCUGCGAGGCGCUGGCGGCCGACAGGCGGAGCCCGGGCGAGUGGCGGCUGGAGAAGUACGUAGCUGCCCUGGAGGAGAUGCUGCUCGCACUGAAGAAGCACGCCAGCAAGCCAGCUCCCGAGGUGCUGAAUGAAUAUUCCCGCAAGGUGGAUUUCUUGAAAGGGAUGUUGGAAGCAGAGAAGUUGUCGUCGUUGUCUGAAAAGGUGCUGGCCAAUCAGUUCCUGGCCCCCGGGCGGACCCCCACCACAACCAAGGAGCGGACCCCAGCGACCAAGACGGUGCACCUGCAGACCAAAGCCCGCUACACGGGCGAGAUGAGGAGCGAGCUGCUUGGUACAGACCCCUCCUGUGUUGCUGAUCUGGAAGAGAUGAGCUUGCGGAAACGCACGGGCCCCCUGCCGGACGAGAAGCAGUCAGCUGCCGAGCUGGACGCCGUCCUGCAGCACCACCACAGCAUCCAGGAGAAGCUGGCCGAGGAGAUGCUGCACCUGGCGCGCAACCUCAAGAACAGCACGCUGGUGGCCCAGAAUGUGAUCAAGCAAGAUAACCAGACGCUGUCGCAUUCGCUCAAGUUGGCUGACCAGAACUUUGAGAAGCUGAAGGACGAAUCCGACCGCCUGGAGCAGCACACCAAGAAGUCCGUCAACUGGCUCCUCUGGCUGAUGCUGAUCGUCGUCUGCUUCAUCUUCAUCAGCAUGAUCCUGUUUAUCAGGAUCUUCCCCAAGCUGAGGUGACUUCUUGCCUCGCCGCCGCCGCAGCAGCAGCCCUGGCACACACACACACCCACCCCCGCCCGGCUCCCCUUUUCCCUGCCAAGCCCUCGCUCCCCGGCUCCAGCUCCAUGCUGGCCGGCCAGCCUCUGGCCCUGUUUGAAACGCCUCUCUGUGUGAGGAAGAGCCGCAAGGGACCUCCCAGCGGGAGAAGCAGCCCUUCAGCCUGGCAGGGCCUGAGGAGAGACGCCUUGCGUGGUGGCAGGAGGCAGGCGGAGACCCUUGCCUGCCGGGGGGUGGGGGGCAGUGUGCUGGUGCAGAGAAUGGCGCCUCUUGUGGGACGGGGGAGAGGAGGAACUGGCCGCUUCUGAGGCCUGGUGCUCAGCGCAGCCCUGUGCCCUGCUGAGCUGAGCUGAGAUCGCAGAGCCGGAUCCCUCCUUCACACACCCAGGGAGCCUUGUAGGCACACAGCUCACGCAUCAGGGAACAGGAGAGACGGCAACCCUCCUCUGUCUCUACUCGUUUCCUAUAGGCAGGGGUCCUCCAACCUGUGAGCUCCCCCCCCCCACUGCCUGAAGCGGUAGAGUCCAGGCACAGGCCUGCCGCUUGGCCUCUGCUUGUGAGAACUCGGCCACACGCCCCUGGGCGGUUUGGCCGCGGCCCCUGAGCUCUGAGGCAGCAGCUCCGUGGUCGCGCCUGGCGGCAGCCGGCCCUAAGGCCAGGAGGGUUUGCUCUCGUCUCCUUCCCUUGGCAUGAGCUUCUCUCGUCUCCAACUGCAGGCAAGUGGUGCCUGGGCUGUGCCUCAUGGGAAGGAAGGCCUCCCCGGGAGCCAGGGCUGCUCCCCCCCCGCCGCCGGCUGCUGCUGCCGGUGUCUGCACACACCGGGUGGUGUGGGACCCCCUCGCCAGCACCCAGGUUGCCAGCAGUGGCCGGGAACUCCACGAGGCUCCCUUUCCUCUCGCAGCCUCCACGUGGCGGGUGGUGGGAUCUGGAGGGGAGUGGGCCCUGGGCAGGCCUGGCUGCAGGCGCCUCCCUCGUUGCGGGAGAAAGCCGGUCUUCUCUGCGGCUGAUCAAGAGCUCCCCGUCAGGAACAACCCUGCAGGGAAAGGGCUGGCAGCGUGGCCAAACACCUGUGGCAAGCCGCCUCUCCCUUUCUGGGCCCCACCGGAGCUUGGCAGGGACGCAGGGCAGAGAGGGGGCGGGGGGGCGUGGAGGAGGGUGCCUGCCGCUGCCCCUCCCUCACCUUGCAAGGAGGAGGGCCUCUUGUCCCCGGCCAAUAAAAGGUUCUUCCGAA